AUGUCAAUGGGAGUGGGCGUGGGGUUAUUGAGACAAGCCAGUGGGAUCUUCCUGUCCCCACCACAGGCCGAAACAACGGUCAUUGGUUCCAAUGAUCCCCCAAAAGACAGUUCUGCAGUAUUAGUACCUCUCAUCAGUCAACAUCAGCAGUCAACCCAUGUCCAUCAUGACACCAGCUUGACAAUCAAGAUACCCCCGAACUGGCAGAUGGCAGACGACAAUCAACUUACCCACAGUGAUAAUCGCAAUCGAACAGCGAUUGUCUGGGUCUGUCGUUAUCUAGAUGCCUGUGGAGCAGCACGGCUGCGUCAUUUGUUGGCGACAUCUACAUCCCACGAACGAGAUGUCUGGGUAUUGCACAAUCACAAGUCUUUAAAAGACCAAGCACUGUUGCAGACCAGUCAAGAGUUGCUAGGGGAACUGCAAAGCUUUGCCAAGGAGAAAUUGGGAAUCCGUCUAUACAGCCUUCACCAGGACGAGGGCAAGUGGGACGGCUUUGAUGGGGAUCGAUCCCGCAGCAGCAAAUCAUCCUUUCUCAAAUUCGUCGUCCAGCAACAGUACGGCUGGGCAUGGCAUCUUGAGGACGAUGUCUUUUACACGGGACCAUGGCGGGAGAUUUUGGAUUCGACUCUGAAGGAUGGCACAGAACAGCAAUAUGACAUUGUCGCCACGGGUAGUCCAGCCAAAUCCGAUUGGUACUACUUUCGUUCCGCCAAAUGUGCCAUUACGGUGGAACUGGCGACUGAUGAUACGAACAGCAUCAGCCAAAAGCCACGGCGUGUCAAACGCUUUUGUGUGGACGUCGACCGAACCAUGAUUCGAUGGGCCAUUCUACGUGUUUCCUAUCGCUUUGCCAAGACGCUGGUGGAUCAAGUCCCUAGCAAGGCCAUUGAAGGGCAUCACGAAGCCGUGGUAGCGUCCGUGUGCGCCGUGUACGGCUACCAGUGUACGUUGGAUGUCUUGAAACCGUACAUUGGUCAUGUCGUCACAGCGGGGUGGGGAGACUGGAUGGAUCCACAAAACCAAACACUGGAGCGACAUGGAGAUUCCCAGCCCCACAAAAUCUAUCAUCCAGUUAAAUGUGCAGCGUAUUCUACUUCGCUAGCCAAGCUCACACAGCACCUUGUCUACCAACGAUGA